CAGUCAUUCAGUCAUGUGCUAUGGUUUUGGCAUUUAUGGCAUCACAUCCUUGAAUAUAAGGACACAGAGAUCAGAGUUUUAUAAAAUCUUUUGUGAAACACAACUCACUUCUCGGUUGACGACUGAAUAUGACUUUUCAUAAUUUGCUCGCAUUUCAAGUUAUUAACAACUUUUGACUUUCAUAUUAAGUGAUACUUAUUUGCAUUUACAGCGAUCAACGGCGAAUCAUCUGAUUCUUGCAUUUAAAUACUCGUUUCAAAACAAUUCAUACGAUCAGUGAUUAUAAGAGAAGAAGAAUCGUCUCUACAAUAUAUUCAUCGCCAAUAAACACAACCGAAUAAUACGAUUGAAAACAAAUUAAAUUGAAAUCUGUUUUUAGAGAUAAACAGAGAAAAAAGAGUGCCAUUGAGUGAUGCCUUCCCUGCCGUGUCUGCAGACUCUUCAGAGAGAAUUAGCCGAUUCUAUCAUACGGUGCGCUCCUCUCGACGACAUACGAAUACUACUGGCCUGCGGGGCAAAAGUCAAUGAACCCGUCACUCAG